UGAUAAUCGGAGUCUUUUGCAUGUUUGAUUCAGGAUCGCGAGCAUGGAUGACAACAUAAAAAGAAAGCCUUUCAAAAAAGCACACACCAAAAGGCCUGGUGCGGAUAAAUACAAGAAAUUUAUUGGAAAUAAAAGCGAAGGACAAGGAUUCGCAGACAACAGGAAGAGAAAAGUACAGCAUGAGUACCUGAAGAUAUUGAGUAAACAGAGGAAAAAAGACGAACAUCAAGCAAACCAACAAUCGGAGAGAAAUAACAGAUUUACAGACAAAGAAGAAAGCUCUUCCAGUGCAGAGAAAUUUACAAAAUUUUCUAAAUCCAAAUGGCAGUCUGAACAAACGAAAGUUGAAAAGGCAAGAAAGAAGACGGAGGCAUUGAAGAGGAAACGAGAACGAGAGGAAGCAUUAGCUAAAUACAGUGACAAAAAGCACCAGAAAAAUAAAACAUUUUGCAAACGGACGCGUAAAGGACAACCGGUAAUGAAAAAUCAAAUUGAAUAUCUGUUAACUAAAAUUGAAAAGCAGGUCAAUAAAACGUGACAGUAAAUA